AACGUCGCCCUUCCUGCGGAACUUUGGCGGCUACCACAGACUUUGCCACACCUUUUACCCCAAAAUAACGCUCUACUUUACGUAAGAGAGUCUUGUCUCAUCAGUCAUGGUUUCCUAUCAAGAAAACAUAGCUUAAAUUAUACCCUUGGUGGGGAAAUGCAUUAUUGUUUAUUGGCAACAACUAAAAAGCUGUAAAUCACUUCAUGAUGUGGAUGGUGUCAGCCCUGCGGUCCCCUGCUGCUCUCACUGAACAUCCUCUUUUAUACACUGCAAAAAAAAUCCCACCUCAAUCAUUUAUUUAAACUUGACGUCUGAACUUCUUAGUUUUUUUAAAAUCUAAAUAAAUAACCCAUAAAAGGCUUCAGACUGAGGUGUUUACAACGCAAAUUGCGAGUCGAGAAAACAUGCCGCUAGUUGCCGCCACCAUACCGAUUAUGUGUCUGAAUGACGGACACUUUUUGCAGUGCGGGGCCUCCUGUCUCUGUGUCUGCCCCCUCCUGCAUCUUUGCCUCCCUGCGCCGCUCCUCUCUCUCUCUCUCUCUCUCUCUCUCUCUCUCUCUCUCUCUGUGUGUGUGUCUGUGUUUCAUACAGUUUUUCCUGGAGGACCAGUCUCUGCCAGACUCCCUCCUCACACACCCUGGACACACAGCUUCAGCACCGAUCAACAACCAUGGCUGUACGGGACAUUGGCGCUCUGCUCGUCGGACUUCUGGUCCUCUUUCACACCUGGGGAGCAUGGGCUCUUGUGGAGGUGAACAUGGAGGACAGAGUGGAGGUUUUCAGGGGAGAAACAGCUCAGAUCACCUGCAUGUUCACAUCGGAUGACGGCAUCGGCGGAGUUUUCAUACAGUGGUUCUAUGUGACAGGUGGUGAGAGGCAGAGGAUCUACUAUCAGGACAGCACCAUGAAGGUCGUAGACCGAGGCACACGAUUCACAGAUCGGAUCAGUGUGAAUGGGACCGGAGCCACAGGAGGGGUGGUUUUGACUAUCAUGGAUGUGCAGCUGAAAGAUGAACUGGAAUUCAUCUGUCUCGUCAAAGGUCUAACAGAUGGAGUUGCGGAGGGACGGACAAAGCUGAAGGUGUUUGUAAUACCCGACCAUCCCAUCAUUGAGGGUGUUCAAGAAGGGAUCUUAAUCGACCAAGGCAGCCCAUCCAAGAUUGCAACCUGCAAGGUCAAAAAUGGCUACCCCAAGCCAAACAUCACUUGGUACAGAAACAACAUGCCACUACAAAGUAAUCAUGAAGAGGUAAUGGUGGUGCUAAGAAGCACUGUUGAAUCCAGCGGUUUGUUCUCAGUGGAGAGUGAACUGAGCAUCACAGUGAAGAAGGAGGACAAAGAUGCUAAGUUCUACUGCGAGGCCACCUACUUUGUUCCCGCAGAAACCAGGAUGACUGAGUCUAACUUUACUACUAUCACUGUAUACUACCCCUCCACUGAAGUCAAUAUGUGGGUGGAGUCACCAAAGGGCAAAAUCAAGGAGGGGGACUCAAUCGAGCUUCACUGCUAUGGCAACGGGAAUAAGCCAUCCUCAGCCUUUUCUAUCAGGCACAAAGAAGAUGAGAUGCAAAUGGACUCCAAUAUGUUGGUGCUGAAUAAUGUGACUCGUCUAGACAGUGGAGAGUACACGUGUGUCUGUCUGGACACAGACAACUUUGAAGAGAUCUCCAAGGCUAUGACUUUGUCUGUUAACUAUCUCGAUGCUGCUGUGGUGCUUCCUAAAGAUUCUGCUGAGCUGGCCCAAGGAGCGGAACUGAUGGCCACCUGCAAUGCCCUCUCUUCUCUCGAGACACAAACAGCUUGGUUUAAGGAUGGACAGCAGGUUUCAAAAGGACACACCUUGACCCUGAAGGAUGCAACGUUCAAUGCUGCAGGGACGUAUAUGUGUGUGGUGACUGUCCCUGAGAUCGAUGGAAUGGAAACCAGCGGGACGCUUCAUGUUUAUGUCCAGAGUCCCCCAGAGAUCAUAAGGCCGGACAACACGGAGAUAGAGGAGAGUUUGGAGAAUACAGUCGACCUGAGCUGCCAUGUCAGAGGCUUCCCUACUCCAAGUGUUACCUGGACCACCUCUGAUGGAAAGGUCCUCAAGACGGUGUCCCAACAAGAGACCAAAGAGGGCGUCCUCAUCAGUAUGGUCAAUUUCAAGGUGACCUCUGACAUCACCGCCUUCUGCAAUGCCUCCAAUGAGUACGGCACUGACUCGGUGGCCUUCAACAUCAAAGCCACUACACACACCACCACACCAGCCACCACCACCACCACCACUACCACCACCACUACUAGUAGCACUACCACUACCAUUUCCUCUACCACAGUCAAAGGAGAAACAGCUAAUCCACCAAAGAAAAUCAAGAAAGAGAGCAGUGGUGUUAUCAUUGCAGUCAUCAUUAUCUGCAUCCUGCUGCUGGCCGUCUUGGGGAGCGUGCUCUACUUCCUCUACAAAAAGGGCAAGAUCUGUGGCCGAUCUGGCAAGCAAGACCUCACCAAAGAGAAAUCCAACAAAGAUAACAUUGUGGUAGAAAUGAAGAGCGACAACACGGAGGAAGCUGUGCUCCUCGGGGUCAAUGGAGAAAAACAACCUUAGAACGACCAGGGCGGUGAGUACCUGGACCUGCAGAAGUGAGGAGGUGACUGCAGACAGACUGACAGCUGCUCCUGUUCUUCCCUCUCAGACCCGCUGAUGCCUUCAACCUUCCACCAGGGCUCCUUAUUUUAGAGAUAUGUCAUGAAAAAGCUCAGUUGUCUGUCAGUCAGUCAAUAUCAUGAUGGACGACUGAGACUCAAAUUGUUCCAAGCUGCAGCCUCUGCUUGCUGUGCUUUACAUCCCGGCAAUGUUGAAAAGUCAUAUGAGCUCUCCAUGACAUAACUCUACUAAUUAAUCUUCCACCUUCAAAGAACUGUCCUUAGAUUGUACUUCUCAUUAUCAUGAGCCUUGUGUACUGCUGAUCAUCUGUAGAACCAUAUUUAGAGCACAACGUUGAGCAGGGACUGUUUUUAUACCUGACUAAGCAUCACCUCAAGCAAUCACUGUAGAGCAGCCUGAAACAGCUUUUUAUCAACUGUACAUAUUAUAAUCUAUGUAUAUAUUUCUUUAUUUAAAAUAACAUGAUAGAAAAAAAAAUCAACCAAAAAUAAAUGACCAGAUAGUGUUUUAUUUUGUCCUGGUGCUCUUUAUAAAGAGCAAGGAGAGCGUAGGUAGUUUAAGCCAUCUUGUUUUUUUGUUUUUUUUAAAAUAUUUUUGUCCAUGUUUCCUGUUUUGCUGAAGUCUGUACACUGAAAUUUUUCGGGGAUACACCGAUACUUCCCUCUGCAGCCAGUUCCAGCCUUGUCCUGCACCGACCUUUUGCCUUUUAGCUCAAACUUGUGGGUCAUUUAAUCACACAGCAUUCACAUUUUUUUUUUUUUCUCUCUCUCUCUCUACAGCUAACACUAUCAUCUUUACGCUCCCCAGUUUGUGUAUAUUAAAGAAGAUAUUUUUGCAAGACGGGUGAAUAAUCUGUUCAGGAUUUGACAUAGAAGGGUUACCUUUUAGUUCUCAUAUGUUUAUGUUUUUUUUCCGUCUCAGUUUAGUUUUGAUAUUUUUUGUGUGUGUUUGAGUUCAAGCAUUGCCAACAGUAAAAAAUUAUACAGAUGCCUUAGAAAUUAUAUUCAAAGCUAUACAGAAAUAUCAGCAAACUCCACAUUUUGUACUGUUGAUUAUGAACAAUAGUUAUAUUUAAUGUUCAGUGCACUGAUUUCUUUGUGGUUGUUCUUCAUGCAGUUGUGUUGUUGCGUUUCUAAUGUGAAACUGUUUUUUUUUUUGUUGUUGGUUUAAUGUAAUUGUUUGUGGAUGAACUGUUGUUCUGCAGCCAAUUUUCUUUCUUUCUUUUUUUUUUUAAGGAGGAUGAGGGUAGAACAGAUUAUUGGUCCAUGGUAGAUAUGGUUCACGGCAUGAAGUCGCCCUCCUUAUAAGGCAAAGACACAUUUCUGUUUAAUGCAUUAAUUCAUGUGUUGAGUUGAUAUUUAUUUGAAAUAAUCUGUUGGAUCCUAGAGAGACUCAGAGUCGCCCUCAGACAUGAUGCCUUAUAUUGACGCCCACUCCUCACAUUACAUAUAAAUGAUUGUCAUGUCGAUUUGUGACAUGUAGACAUGACUAAGGAGGGGAAUGACUGUGACUCCACAUAUGCAAAUGAAGUUUGAAGACAAUCAACAAUCAAGCUGCUCUGUGCAGCUGUUUCACUUACCCAACAAACCUUCUGUUAGUCUGUUUUUUUUCUGUUUUUGAGAACUACAUCCGUUAAAUGCUUUUGGAUUUUUGAAAUCUAUAAAAAUGCCUUUUAAUGCCUUGGAGUUGUAAAAUGUUAAAUCACUGAUGACAUUCGAACCAAUUCAUUGUACCAACAAAUUCAUUGUUUGUAGUUUUUGAAAAUUAUACCAAAUAAACAUUGACUGUUAAAUGAAAAAAUUUACAUUGUUUCUAUUAAGAAAUGUAUGUACAGUGAGCCUCAAAUGAGUGAUCUCUACUGACAAAACUUUGUGCAAAAGCUCAGGCAGUGAAAAACACUUUGCUUGUCCAGAUUCAGCAUUUUGCUUUAAAUUUUGUCAUUAACAGAACAAAUACGUGAUCUUAUCUGUGCCCUUAUUAGUGUCUUGCUCCUCCAUAAAAUACAUGCUAUAUCCAUGCGUUUGUUCACUGUUUCUUGUACAGAGCUUAUUAGGUUUCAUAAGAGUUUUAAAAUGGCUCAGAUAUGAUGAUUUGAUUUGUUUGACGGGCUGUUCAAUCUGAUUUUGGUUUUUAAUGCAGUAACCAAAUGCAUUACUGGACCUUCAGGACUAUCAGCUACAAGAAAUAGAUCGAAAAUGGCCCUGAAGUAUUGAACCUGUCUGCAGUUCUGACCACUUGGUUUGGUUCUCAUUUGUUUCCUAAAUACAUGCUGUAUUGCAUUAUUAAGCACAUUUUGCUGCAUCAUUUUCAAAACCCUGAGAGUUUUUUCAGUCCUCCACCUUCAAUCCUGCUUCCAGAGUCACUUCUAGUCCUGUUCAGCUUCUCGUCUCUCCUUGUUCAGUCGUUGCUGGGUUCAGCUGAGCUGCCAACAACGGUGCCACAACUCAUCACUUCU